AUGGCUCCCACGCUAACCUCCAUCCUGACCCUUGGGUUCUUGGCAGCCGCACCCGCAUUCGCGCAGACCUUUAGUGACGGAAUGGGCCCCGCUGCUUUCAUGUGGCCGAAUGACAGAGAGUGGAAGGCUGAUGGGGACCGAAAGGCCCCUUGCGGUUCGGCUGCCGCUGUCGGAAAGAGGACCAAGUUCCCUCUUGAGGAAGGUCACCUUGCCUUUGUUGCUCAGCAUACCUUCUACGAUACCAAGAUUAGCAUCUCCUUUGAGGAUGACCCCAAGUCAGACGACGACUUCACGGCCCUUGUCCAAGACACUUCUAUCGCUUUCCUCGAACCCGGCCACACAUGCUUCAACAUCCCCGACCCCAAGGGUAAGAAGGUCGGCGACAAGGCCACAAUACAGUUCCAGUACCAAGCCACCUGGAACACAGCCAAGAACGAAACCUUUUACGCCUGCGCCGACAUCAUCUACGCCGAGGCCGACGAGGUCAGCUCCCGUGUGCCCUGCUUCAACGUCACUGUCCCUGGCCGUCGAGACACCAUCCCCGCUACAGAGUCCGAGAGCGCCUGCACUACGGCUUCUGCUGCGCCGGCUGCUACCUCUGCUGAUGAUGAGAACCUCGGUGGAAAGAAUGGUCUGCCUGGUACCGCUGCGGCUGCUCUUGUUGUUGCUGCUGCCGCUCUGUUUGCUCUCUAA